AUGUUCAAGGGCAAAUCGGCGUUGAUCACCGGGGGAUCUAGAGGAAUCGGUUUGGCGAUUGCGUCGAGACUCGCCCAGGAAGGGGCAAACGUGACCCUAGUUGCAAGAAAUCACGCUCUGCUAGAGGCAGCCACGAGGUCGUUGCCAAGAGACGACAGGCACAACCAGCAUCACCAUUUCCAAGCGCUAAAUUUGUUGAAUCUAGUAAAUAGCAAUCACCCUGAUGCGUUGAUUGCGCAGAAGCUGUUGAGUUCAAACACGAUCUUGGUCAAUUGCGCCGGGAUGACCACGCAUUCCUUGCUUCAUCUGACGAGCCAACAGCAGAUUCUAGAUACGCUCAAUUUGAACCUCACCAUCCCGAUUUUGUUGAGUCAAUGGGCGAUCAAAAACAUGAUUCGAAAUCGCAAGUUGCAUCCCGCGAUACUCAACAUCUCCUCGGUCUUGUCCUUGACCGACCAUGUCAUACCGGGAACUUCAGUGUAUGCCGCGUCCAAGGCUGGAUUGCUUGGCUUCACUACUAGCUUAGCCAAUGAAAUGAAGGGACGAAUCAGAGUGAAUGCGUUGAUGCCUGGCUUGGUGCGCGAAACAGAUAUGGGAUCCAUUGUUGAUGAAGAAAAAAAUGUGGCACCUGUGGUUUCGCUCAGUUUCGUGGCUGAUAAAGCGGUUGAGAUGUUGGGGGACUUGUCUCUCAAUGGUGAAUGCAAGAUGAUUGAGCAAUGA